GGGGUACAAUGCAAAGUAAAGUUUUGAUGAACAAUAAAGUGAUGUAGAUAAAAUAAUUCUGUCAAAUCCAUUGCUUGCUUUGUUGACUUUGUUCUAUUUUCUCUCCGUAACAUGUCUGAAAUCAAAUUAUGGUGAAUUGGAUCACUUGGUUUACGCAUUUGCUGGUAACACUUUGAAAAAAAUUAGAGGUCAUCCGAAAUUCUUAAUUUAAUACCACAACUAACACAAAAUAACCUUUAGCUUGUAAGUAGCCUGCAUUUUUCCAACUUAUAAGACAGUCUUGUUAGGUAGUUUCUUCGUCCCGAAAUUAUUGUCCAUUUUCUGUUUUUAUUUUUAGUAUAAAUUGAACUAAAAAUAAAAAAUUCAAACUGGACAAUAAUUUUUGGAUAAAAAGAGUAGCAUGUUUCCUGUUCUAUUUACUGUUUACAGAUGACAAAUUAAAACUUGGAACUUGCAUAAGCAUAAGAAUGCGUUAAUUAAGGUUUUCAAAAUCAAUUUAUCGCAUUUUCUGUGCAAGGUUUUAUGAAAAGGACGGCUUUGACUUAUAGGACUUUGGAACGGGGCGUACCAUUUUGCGAGAUCGAUGAAUGAAAAUCUUGCGGAUUGGCAAGCCAUCGAUGCGAAGAGAAGCCCUACACAGAGUUCAUCGUACCAACUACUUCGCCGAGCCGGCGACAAUCUCAAACUCCUCGAACAAGUUCACGCCAACCUCAUCGUCAAUGGCCGACAGCAUCAUCUCCCGCUGCUCACCCGCCUCGCGACCUCAGCCAUUCAUGCCGGGGCAAUCUUCUACGCCCAGAAAGUGUUGCUCACGGCUCCAACCGUUGAUUCAUUCCUCUUCUCGUCUCUCAUCACCACCGCCUCAAAAUCCCAUUUCCCGAUUCACACAAUCUUCUUCUACCGUCAUAUGGCCGCACAUAAUAUUCCCCCUACAAACUACACCUACACUUCUUUGAUCAAAUCUUUCUCGGAGUUAAGAGAUAAGAAGGCAAGUAAAAUGGUACAUGGCCAUGUUAUAAGGAAAGGGUUUCGUCUUGAUCGAUAUGUUGAAGCUGCUUUGGUGAGUUUGUACUCCAAAAUUGGGGAAUUGGAGUUCGCGAGGAAAGUGUUUGAUGGUAUGCCUCAAAGGAGUCUUGUUGCUUGGAAUUCUAUGAUUUCGUGUUAUGAACAAAACGGGUUACCCGAAGCUGCAAUCGAGGUCUUUCGUGAAAUGAGAGAGUCGGGUGUUCAAUUUGAUUCUCCUACACUUGCAAGUGUAUUGUCUGCUUGCGCUAAUGUUGGGGCGCUAGAUUUGGGGAUUUGGAUACAUGAGUGGAUACAGAAUAAUGACGUUCACUUCGAUGUGAUUUUGGGUACCGCAUUGAUUGAUAUGUAUGCCAAAUGUGGGAAUGUAAUCAAAGCCCGCGAAGUUUUUGAUCAGAUGAGUGAGCACAAUGUUGUGGCAUGGACUGCUUUAAUUUCAGCUUAUGGAGUCAAUGGUUGUGGCAAAGAAGCUACUAACUUAUUUCGCUUGAUGAUUGACUGUGGAACAAAUCCGAAUGAAGUUACUUUUAUUGCUGUAUUAUCUGCUUGUGCUCAUGCUGGGCUAAUUGACGAAGGGCGUGAAAUCUUAGCUAGUAUGAGGAGGUUCGGCCAAGUGCCGAGCACCGAGCAUCAUGUUUGCAUGGUUGAUAUGUUUGGGAAGGCUGGAUUGCUUGAUGAAGCAUUUCAGUAUAUCAAGGAUCUAUAUACUGUUCAACCGGCCCCGGCAGUCUGGACCGCAUUGCUGAGUGCUUGCAAAAAGCACAAAAGUUAUGAUCUCGGUGUUCACGUUGCUGAUAAUCUUAUUGCUGCUGAACCUGAAAGUGCUGGACAUUACAUUUUACUGUCUAAUAUCUAUGCAUUGGCUGGGAAAUGGGAACGAGUCGAGAUGGUGAGGGAUAUCGUGACAGGUACCCAAUUAAAAAAGGUUGUUGGCUAUAGCAUCGUGGAGAUUGAUCAGAAGGAACAUUUUUUCCGUUCUGGUGAUGUAUCUCACCCCGAGACCAUGGCCAUACGCCAAUUUUUGGAUGACAUGAUUCAACAGAUCAAGGCAGUAGGCUAUGUUCCAAUGUCACAAUGCAUGAUGCAGCAAAUGGAAGAAGAAGACAAGGAACUUGCACUUAGAUACCACAGUGAGAAACUCGCAAUAGCGUUUGGACUGUCGAAAACAACAGAAGGUAGUACACUUCGAAUUGUGAAAAACGUGCGCAUCUGCGAGGACUGUCACAUGGCUGUCAAGCUCAUCUCAUUAGUUUACAAAAGAGAGAUUAUCGUGAGGGACAACCUUCGUUUUCACCAUUUUAAAGAUGGCUCUUGUUCAUGCUUGGAUUAUUGGUGAUUUAAUCCUGAAUUCCUGACAACAAAAACUUGUGAACCAAAGUAUGUCGACUUCUUUUCACCAGUUAUCAGUUGCAACUUGCAAGUUGUCUGUUGCCACCAUUGAAAUUCUACUUCAUGAAAUCCUUAAACUGACAAAGCACAACUGCCUGAUUAGUGUUCUAUGUAUAACUUGUUGGUCUGCGCAUAGCUUCCAAAUUUUAAGAAGGGGAGCAACCUGAUGCUGGAAGCAAACUAAGAAGGUACACUGGCAUCCACCACCAUGGAGGGUGAAACUCAAUGCUGAUGGGAUGUAUUUUACAGAGCGACUGGGUUGGCCACUAAGGUGGAUUGAUGCGAGACACUGUGGAGGGCCGAGGGCGUUGGGUUUGAUAACUUGGAUUUCACAAUUGUCAUGACACUAUCACUGGCUCUAAGCUUUGGGGGUGCUAGAAUUGAGUGAAAUCUUUCUUGGGAACUCGAUGAAUGGCAUAUACAUGAAACUUGAUGACAGGAGUAUCCUGCUAGUGGUAUAGGAUAUUAAGAGGCCGGCAAGUCAACACGGAGGCUUAAUCAAGAGGAUCAGAGAAUUGAGUGACAAGAUUGAGUACUGGAGGUGCAGCAUUAACUACAAGGAAGCGAAUUUUGCGAUGAACUAGCGUUUUUGGGGUUGAGGGAAUGAAUCAUGGGGUCUCCAGGACUCCCAAGAAUGUGGCUACCCUGUGUGAGAUCAAACCGGGGUUGAGCAAUGUUUACUAUCCGGGUGGAAAAACUGUAGUCUUUGCUUUGUUUAAGGUAAAUUUUGGCUUAAGAUUUGUUGGGUUGGAAGGUAAUAUUUUGAUAUGACUACUAAUCCCGAGGGGCAGUGCAGGGCUGCGUUUAACUAUGUUGAGUCGAGCAAGGGAACGUUGACUAGCCAGCAUACAAAGGCGGCGGCCCGCCACCUUUUUGGGCAGAUGCGCCCGGAGCGCGUUUGUCACCUCCAAAGAAGCAGCGCGUGGAUUGGAUAUUUUAUAGCCGAUGCAACUUCGACGUGGAGACAUAAGCUGUAUUUUCUGCCCAUUUAGCCGUUGGAGCGUUUUGGCGCGACUUGUACUGUAACGGACUGGCAUUUUUCAUUCAUUUAUUUAUUUAUUUAUAUUUUUUUGGUGGAAUGGUUUUUAACCGUAAUUUACUUCGUGACUCGUGUGUUCCCUUUGUAAAAUUUGAACCUAAACAAUUAGUAGAAGGAAUGUUAACCAAUGAACGGAAUCUUGGUCGAAUAAAAGGUACAGUAUAUAUUACAAAAAAUUUUAUUAAACUUUU